AUGAAUAGUUUUUUAAAUAAACGAAGAUUUGGGAGAAGAAAACAAAGUAAAGAGGCCAAGUUUGCUUUAAAAAAUGGUGGUGAACUUGGAGGUAUCAGUAAUGAUGGAAAUACAUGUUUUAUGAAUUCUGUCAUUCAAUCUUUAGCAUCAUCCACAGAAUUGAUGAAAUUUAUUGAUAGUUAUUUAUAUGAAGAAAUAGAUUCUAUGGUUGACCAGAGAUCAGUGAAACGUGUAAAUCCUAAUCUUGUGUUUACAAAUAGUUUAAAAACUUUAUUGAAUAAUGUUAAUGGUCAAUAUGGUACUAAAGGGAAAGAAUUUUCCACUAGACCUUUAUUGAAUAAAAUGCCUAAUGGUCCUAAACAAAACUUCUUCUCGGGAUAUAAUCAAGAAGAUGCUCAAGAGUUCUAUCAGUUGGUGAUGAAUAUUGUAGAACGAGAAUAUAAAAAUAUAUCUCAUGGUGAAAAGAGUGAAAAGAGUGAAAAAAGUGGUGAUGAAGAUUCUGAGAAGGAAGAAUUUGUUGAUAGUGCAUUAAUAGGAAAAUUCAUCAGUGGAUGUGAAGAGCUCGGAAAAUUGGGCGACAUUUACGUGCCCGCAUCACAAAUCAAUCCUAAUUUAAUUGGAUCGGAUCAUAAAGUCAAACCUUUACAAUUGAUAACUCCAGUUGAUGGGAUAUCUGUUGAAAGAAUUGGUUGUUUGACUUGUGGAGAAGUUGGAGGUAUGAGAUAUUCUGUAGUUAGUGGUUUAAGUCUUAAUCUUCCAAAUGAGAUCAGUCAUUACAAUACUUAUGAAUUAUCUCAAUUGUUAAAAGAUUGGAUAUCUCCAGAGAUAAUUGAAGAUGUCAAUUGUAAUAGAUGUGGUUUACAACAAACCAAAAGUUUCCUAAAGGAAAAAAUUGAUUCCAGUAAUAAUGAAAAGAUCAUCGAACAAUUCAAUUCCAGAUUGGAAGAGAUUGAAAAUGAAUUAUCUAAACCUUGUGUUACUGAUGAAGCUUUUGAAAAACUUACCAUCAAACAAAUGAUUAAAAAACUGAAGAAACUGAAACAAAUCUUGUUGAGUAGACCUCCUCCUUUGUUAGCCAUACAUAUAAAUAGAUCUGUAUUUGAUCCAAGAACUUAUAUGGUAGUUAAGAAUUCAAGUAAAGUAUCAUUCCCAUUGAAAUUAGAUUUAUCUCCCUAUGUAGGUGAACCUAAAGAUAUCAAUAUGGAUGCAAGAUUACCUUUCAGGAAACAAGAUGAAACUUUAGAUUUCCAUUUGAAAUUGGAUGAUGAAGUUGAAGAUGAAGAGAAACAUGAAGAAUCAAUGGAAAUUGUUGAUGAAAAAGAUGAUAGUUCAUCAGAUGAGAUUAAUAGUAAUAAAUCAGCGUCUUCUGCUUCAUCAUAUACCAACACCAAUCCCCAACUUUUGUAUAAUUUGAAGGCAGUGAUAUCUCAUUAUGGAACUCAUAAUUAUGGUCAUUACAUUUGUUAUAGAAAGUUAAGAGGUAGUUGGUGGAGAAUCAGUGAUGAAUCUGUAUAUAUUAUCACCGAAGAAGAAGUUUUAAGUUGUCCUGGUACUUUUAUGAUGUUUUAUGAAUUUGAUGAUGGAUCCAAAGAGGAAUUAAUUCCUUUAGAUGACGGAGAUAACAGUUCAGAAGAAGUUGAAGCUGAAGCAGAAGAAGAAGAAGAGGAAGAAGAGGAAGAAGCAGAAGAAGAAUCAGGUCCAAAGUUGAAUCCUGCUUUGAGAGUUCAAGACGUAGAUGAUCUUUAUGAUAGUAGUGGAUUAGAAAGCGACGAAAAUGAAAACACCACAAAGGAUGAUAAUUUCAAUGUAGGUGAAGAAAGAGCAUUUAUGUAG